AUGCUCAAGGAGGAGCAUGAGGUGUCUGUGCUGGGGCCCCCCCAGAGCUCGGCUCCCGUGACCACCACCAUGAUCAACAUCCAUGGUGAGACAGCCGUGCCUGACCACAUCGUCUUCUUGAACACCAUCUUCUUGAACUGGUGCUGCCUGGGCUUCGUGGCCUUCACCUACUCUGUGAAGUCCAGGGACCAGAAGAUGGUGGGUAACAUGAUUGGGGCCCAGACUUAUGCCUCCACCGCCAAGUGCCUGAACAUCUGGGCCCUGGUCUUGGGCCUCCUGCUGACCAUCACGUUCAUCACCCUUUUUGUCACUGGAUCGCUGAUGAUUCCGCAGAUGAUUUCCGAGAUGGUCAGACAGUAUGGAGGCUACUUGGAGCUGCCCGUGGCCUGAGGCUGUCCCCCAGGCCGCAGCCUUUUCUGUCUGCGUCAGUCUACCGUUGCAGUCAAUAAAGCGCUUGUGUGUGGGG